AUGGUACACGGGGAUGUGCAUUUAGAGGUGGAAUGGAAUUAAGGAACCAUUCGAGAAUCUGCAAUCAGUGACUUCUAUUUUACAACAAUUACAUGCUGACUCCUGCAUAAUUUCUUGUCCCUUUACUGUACUCAAAAAACAUAUUGCUCAUUACUGGCUAUUUCUAACACUUCUCUCAUUCUUUUAGGUUCGUUUAAGUUGGCAAGCAGUGCAGACAGGUGGAAAUUACCCAAGUCGAGAGCUGGUUCGAGAAGCGUUGGAGGAUCCAGUGCUGAGACUGGUUCCCCACAUUGGCUAUGUCAGCCUUUUCCCUUUUAUGGGUAGGGUUAUACCACCUGAUUCAUGGAUCCUAGAAAAACAGCUCGAACUCAUUGCAAAUAGGAGUAUGUUGUGGACCGACUUUGGACUCCGGUCUCUUGCCAAAACAAGCUCAUUGUACAUGAAACGCAACACUGAGCAUGAUCCACCUUAUUGGAGAGGUCCAAUAUGGAUGAACAUGAAUUACCUGAUUCUUUCCUCUCUCCACCAUUAUUCCAAAGAGGAUGGACCAUACAGAGAAAGAGCCGAGGCCAUCUACAAUGACUUGAGGAGCAAUUUGAUUAGAAAUGUGGUUCGGAACUAUCAUCAGACUGGUUAUUUGUGGGAACAGUAUGAUCAGAAGAAGGGGAAAGGGAAAGGUGCACGCCUGUUUACUGGUUGGACAUCACUUGUUCUAUUGAUUAUGGCAGAAGCUUAUAGUGAAUGUUAAAGAUUUGCCCACUGAUGUCUGUAACAUCCCUAACCCCCCCACGCUCCCACCCGUUGGAAAAAAAAAACCCCAAAAAAUACAAAAUAAGGAAAGAAAAAUGAUAGGGUAGUGUUUAUGAUUAGUAAUGUAUGAUUUUAAUUUGAAGGCGGAAGAACACAGUAAGGUAUCAAUGAGGGUGAGUUGUAACUUCGUAAUAAUUGGGGUGCUUGAGUUCAUGUUUAUAAAGUAAAGUUGCCACUUGCUGGUUUUUCGUUUAAUUUGAAUUUCCAUAUGAAGGG